AUGGGUCCCGAGGGGGGUGCGGCGAGGCCCGGGGGCUUCUUCGGCGUCUACCUGCUCUAUUGCCUGAACCCUCGGCACCGGGGCCGGGUCUACGUGGGGUUCACCGUCAACCCUGCUCGCCGUGUCCAGCAGCACAACGGAGGCCGCAAAAAAGGCGGGGCCUGGCGGACCAGCGGGCGCGGUCCCUGGGAGAUGGUGCUCAUCGUGCACGGCUUCCCUUCCGCCGUGGCCGCCCUCCGGUUCGAGUGGGCCUGGCAGCACCCGCAGGCCUCGCGCCGCCUGGCGCACGUGGCCCCGCGCCUGCGCAGCGAGGCCGCCUUCGCCUUCCACCUGCGGGUGCUGGCGCACAUGCUGCGCGCGCCGCCCUGGGCGCGCCUCCCGCUCACACUGCGCUGGCUGCGCGCCGACUUCCGCCAGGAGCUCUGCCCGCCGCCGCCGCCUCACGUGCCGGUGGCCUUCGGGCCUCCGCCGCCCCGGAUGCUGGCCGCCAAGCGUCGGGACAGUCCCUUUGCGGACACCGAGUCGCCGCCGGGCCAGGACUCCGGGGCCCCCUGCACCCUGUGCGCGCGCGCGCUUCCGGAUGAAGAGGGCCCCCUGUGUUGCCCCCACCCUGGCUGCUCCCUAAGGGCCCACAUGACCUGCCUGGCAGAGGACUUCCUGCAGGGGGAGCCAGGGCAGCUUCUGCCGCUAGAGGGCCGAUGCCCUGGCUGCAAGAACUCACUGCUGUGGGGAGACCUGAUCUGGCUAUGUCGGACGGGCUCCCAGGAGGAAGAGGAGAACUCGGAAUUAGAAGAGGAACACUGGACAGACAUGCUGGAGCUCUGA